ACUUACCAGAAAAAGCAUCGGCUAUUUUGGGCUGCAUUUUAUGUACUUCUAUCAAUGAUUCAGACCAUUUAUUUAAAUCAGUUUUAUGGUGUCUUUUCAUAUGUCGAUUACAAUUUGAAGUCACAUGAAUCUUAUCCCAAACUAUUGAGUGACAUAAUGAGCACCAACGAUCACCACCGAAUUUUUCAUCAAUAAAAAAUUUUUUGACCAACUUUUUCUCGAUAUAGCCAGAGCUAUUCUCAGAAUUCGUAGUUGACAAUGCCAUGUUUUGAUUAUGUUUAAAAAUAAGACAAAAUUUUUGUACUGAAAACGUAUUUGUAAAGUGUUAAGUUUAUAAAUGAAACAAUACGCGAAUGUAUUAUAUAUAUAGAUAUAUAUGUAGGUGUAUAACUGUUCUGUUAUAUCUCUCUAUUGUUAUUUAUUAGUCUGCUAGCCGAUAUUAGUCCCCAACAGCAAAAAUAAUUCAGUAUUCUAAUUAGACAAUUGCCAUAUUCAUCGAUGACCAACUUUAGUCAUUAUUGUAUAUUCAAUAUAUCUUUGACAAAAAGAGACUAAGUUUUAAGAUUAAACUGCCUCAUUUUGAAUAAGAUAGAUACAAAUGGACUUGAAACGGACUUGAAAAGUAAUCUCAAGUCCAAGUCCGUCAAAAAAGGCUUUAAGUCCGGACUUGGACUUGCCCACCUCUGCAUUGAAGUUCUAAGGAUGUUUUCCCUAAGGUACAACUGGUUAUUGAUGUUGUGAAGGUCAGCGUGAAUCAGAGUUGCAUUGUUUAUAAACAUCAGCAGGACUAACAAAGCACUGACAAUAAGUAAAGUAACAAUUAAGUUUUGAAACAAAAUGAAGAAUUUUGUCGUAGGAAGUUCUGUUUUAUUCUAACUCCAUUUUCAGCCAGAAUUUACAGAAGGGUAACAGUGAACUAAAUCUGUAACGUGCACAGAGGUAACGCUUUAGCUAUCUGUCAUCCAUAAAUGUUUCAUAAAUUCAUUCUCUAAAGUUCUAGUUGCAGGAUACCACGCUAUUCUUCUGAGAUGUCAGAAUAUCAGCACGCAGUGUAUUCUCGAAAAACGGCUAUUUUUUUUAAACUAGGUGGGCUUGGUGGGCUUGGUAUAUUCUCAUCGACAAUACACCAGAAUACGCAAAUAUAGUGUCGCGGUCGGGGGGCGGGCGGUGCAGCAUGAGAGUGAGCCACUAUGCAACAUUUCGUGGACGAGGAUAAAUUCGAAGUUGCAUGUCGGAAAUUCUUACAUUGUGUAUUCUCGUGUAUUGUCAAUCAGAGUACAGCAGGCUCACAUCAAUAUAUUACACUUUUUCAGUGAUAGUCUCACAAAUGCAACCAGUUGUGCGUACAAAGGUAAUGGAAAACGAAUACAAAGCCACCUUGAGUAACGAUACAAAUAACCAGUUGCUCAUUCGGGAAAACAUCCUUAGAACUCAAUGCAAAUAAAUUCGUAAACCGUAUCGGAACUUACACUCAUAAGUUAAAAUAUGAUGACUCGUUCUGACACCCUCAGAGAGUGGCAAUAGCUCGUAUUGAUACCCUUAGAGCAAAGCCCUGCAGGUUGAUCCUAACCUAACCUAACCUAUAGGUUUGGUUAGGAUUAGGCUGCAAAAGUUAUAGGCUAGGCUAGGUUAUAGGUUGUUCUAUUUUUUUUUUCAAUGGUUAGGUUAAGAUUAGGUGGUCGAAUCCAUAGGUUAGCUCGUCUGCUCUUUCUCUCUAUUCUACUAACAUUGAUUGUUGGCUCAAGUUCACAAACAUCACCAGCUUUUCGUGUAGUAGCAUUCUAUACAGGUCAAAAUGACGCUGCACAUAUUAGUUUUGUAAAAGAAGCAAAUACUUGGUUUCCACGUAUGGCACAACAGCACAAUUUUCAGUAUACAUCAACAUCAAAUUGGGCUAAUUUAAAUGAUCAAUAUCUCUCACAAUAUCAAGUUAUUAUAUUCUUAGAUACACGUCCUGAGAACGCACAACAGAGAGCAGCAUUUGAAAAAUAUAUGAAAAAUGGUGGUAGUUGGAUGGGUUUUCAUUUUUCGGCUUUUGCAUUGACACCCUCUACCUAUAAUCAAAAUUGGGAUUGGUAUCACAAGACAUUCCUCGGCUCUGAUCAGUACGUGAGCAACACGUGGCGACCAACAUCAGCUAUUUUAAAAGUUGAAAAUCGUACUCAUCCAGCUACGAAAAAUUUGCCUGCGACCUUUUCCUCCUCACCAAAUGAAUGGUAUCGUUGGAAAUUAGAUCUAACGAAGAAUGCUGACAUUCAAAUUCUUCUUUCAAUAGACCCAAAAAGUUUUCCACUUGGUACUGGACCAAAACCACAUGAAAUAUGGCAUUCAGGAUAUUUUCCAGUUGUUUGGUCGAAUAGAAAAUUUAAGAUGAUCUACUUGAACAUGGGUCACAAUGAUAUGGACUAUGGUGGAACGAAUCAGGCCUUGUCUCAAACUUUCAACAAUGUACAAACGGAAAAGUUGGUUUUGGAUUCAUUACUUUGGCUCAGUAAAAAACGUUAA